AUGCCGGAACUAGCGGGCUACAAAGAAAAGGGCAAGGAGAUCUUCAAGAAAGGAUGGCAUCCCGAGGAGAAGGGAGGGUCCUUGAAAGGCCAAGUGAAAGGUCUGCUCGGACGCGGAGAGGAUCCUAGGGAACGUUAUGCGAACCACCAAUCAACCCCGAUUUCCUCUCUGCGAGACCCGGGAUCUUUCCCUCCUCCGCCCAAGCGCAGGACUGGCGACCUGACACCGCCGCCCCCUACAUCUCGACCUACUCCCACCAAUCCGGCCGACUCACAGCAAUACGGACAGCAACAGCAACAGCAACAGUAUGGACACCAGCAACAAUAUGAGGGGGUCGAGGAGGAUGGACCGCCGCCGCCUCCGAGGCCAUACCGUAUAGACACUACCGGUCUAUCAACAGCACACUUACCGCCCCCUCCCGGUCGCAGAGACGGAGCCGAUAGCCGACCUCCACCGCCACCGCGCCCUUCUACCAUCAGCGCAGCCGGCCUACCUUCCGCCGGAGGACCACCGAAUCUACCACCCAGACUACCACCUCGAUCAAUUACAACUUCUCCAGGCUCACCACAAGCAGGCGAUGGUUACUUAAAUCAAGACACCGUAAGGCGUCUCGGCGCCGCGGGUGUCAACGUCCCCGGUUUCGGCAUCGGCAGCGAGAAGAGCCCUGCUGCGACGACUAAUCCAAGCCAGAAUCCUCUGAUGCCACCGCCGCCUUACACCCCAAUCAACCGUCCCGCUCGAUCAACCACCACCGGCUCUACCAGCGGCGGCACCGGCAGCUUCACCGACCAAGCCAAAUCCCAAUUCUCCAAUCUCCAAAACCGCUUCUCCAAACUCACCACGGGCGGCUCUUCCUCUACUUCCCCCUCUGCUACACCAGGGCCAACUUCCCAGCCUUACUCCCAACCCUACGACUCCCUGCCUCCUCCCAACACAUCCACAACCCCAACACCGCCCUCUAAUCGUCCCAUUUUGCCCCCUCCCCCACCGGCCUCCCGUGUAUCCCCUUCAACGAUUGGUACCCAUCAAGAAGGGACCACAGGACAAGAAGGAGGAGGAACAACCUGGGCCCAAAAGCAACAAGCCCUUAAAACCGCUUCGGCCUUCCACAAGGACCCUCGCUCCGUUUCCUACAGUGAUGCCAAGUCCGCCGGUGGAACGAUAAAUAACUUUCGUGCUAGACACGGGGAUCAGAUAGCGGCGGGGAUGAAGACUGCUCAGAGUCUUGGAGGGAAGGCGGCUAGUGCAGGGAGGGGGUUGAUGGAUCGGUUUGGUCCUGGUGGUGGUUCUGGAGGAGGUUCAACGGGAGGUGUUUCAUCAACAGGAAGUGGUUAUGGAGGUUCUGCGACGCCACCGCCGCCGCCGCCGGUUGGGACCAGAACAAGAGCUGAGAGCGCUGUUUCCUAUGGGCAUGGGCAUGGGCAUAGCGACUCGGUUGGUUCUGCUACGGGCCUUGUUGCGCCGGGAAGUCCAUCGGCUGCUGCAAUGGCUGCGGCCAAGAAGAAGCCGCCUCCGCCUCCGCCGCCCAAGAAGAAACCUGCUUUGAUGGCUGCGCCGUCUGCUCAGCAGGAUGCGCCGGCCCCGCCGCCUGUUCCUCUGGCUACAAGGCCUGCGUUUUGA